CUGGAAGAGGAGGUAGGAAGUUGGGUCUCGGCGGUGGUGGCGAAGGCAGCUACCAGUGUAAACCCGGGGCUGAGAACCCAUGUUUUCACAUUUUUCCUUUGACUGUGUCCUGCUUUUGCUGCUACUACUUACAAGGUCUUCGGAAGGAGUAUACGUGUCUGAGGUGGGUCAGAAUGCUGAUCUGCCCUGCACCUACUCUCCAACCACCCCUGAGAAUCUCGUGCCUGUGUGCUGGGGCAAGGGAUCCUGCCCUGUAUUUGAAUGUCACAGUUUGGUACUCAGCACUGAUGGAAGGAACUUGAGCUAUCGGACAUCCAGCAGAUACCUACUAAAGAGGAAUUUCCGCAAAGGAGACGUGACCUUGACCAUAAAGAAUGUAACUUUAGCUGACAGUGGGACCUAUUGCUGCCGGAUCCAAUUCCCGGGCCCAAUGAAUGAUCAAAAAUCAAACCUGGAGUUGGUCAUCAAACCAGCCAAGGUCACCCCUGCUCAGACUCCGUGGAGGGACAUCACUACAGCCUUUCCAAGGACACUCCCCACCGAGGGACCGGGCUCAGAGACACAGACACUGGAGACCCUCCAUGAUAAAAAUCAAACAGAAGUAUCCACACUGGCUAAUGAGUUACAAGACCUGGGCGCCACCACCAGAAUAGGCCUCUACAUCGGAGCAGGGGUUUCUGCUGGGCUGGCUCUCGUUCUUAUCUCUGGUGCUUUAAUUCUCAAAUGGUAUUCUGAUAGCAAAGAGAAGAUACACAAUUUAAGCCUCAUCACUUUGGCCAACCUCCCUCCCUCGGGGUUAGUGAAUACAGCAGGAGAGGGGACGCAUGCAGAGGAAAACAUCUAUAUCAUUGAGGAGAACGUAUAUGAAAUGGAGGAUCCAUACGAGUAUUACUGCUCCGUCAGCAGUGGGCAGCAGUCCUGACAACCCCUGGGCUGUUGUCUUUCAACGCCACCGGAUUCACCACUUCCUUUUGGGGUUUGGUGUUAUCCUCUUUGAAAACUAUGAGAUGGCUCACCUGACUGGUUUUAGAGGUUCUGUCCUUGGCCACCGAGCAGAGUUUUUCCAUGUUCUAAAGAUAAGUAGCUCACCCGAGGAUUGAACUGGGACCAGCAUUGUACUUAGACAGGCACAACAUUACCUCUGUGUUCCCGCCACCCAACUCGGAGACUGCUAAUCAGGGCAUUAGAGCUCAAAUGGGCUUUUAUAGAGAGUAGGAAUUCUUAAUAUGGGGUCUCUGGAAUUCCAGAUAUUCAGUUAUAUGGUGUGUCCAUGAAGCUCCUGAAAAUACAGGGGAAAUUAUGUGCUGA